AUGUCUACCUCGGACGGUCCUGAUACCUUGGAGCCUACAGCUCCCAAGAAGACUAUCUGGAAGUCUAUUCGGGAGAACCCCAAGGUCGUCUUCAUCGCCUUUUUCGCUUCACUGGGUGGUUUUGAGUAUGGUUACCAACAGGGUGUCUUGGGUCAAUCCCUCGUCAUGACCCGCUUCACACAAAACUUCCCCUCUGUUGUUGAGUCAUCCUCUGCAACAGGAUGGCUCACGUCUAUCCUCCAGCUAGGCGGUAUUCUUGGAUCACUAUCAGCUGGUGUUUCCAGCGAAAUUAUCUCGCGAAAGUACACCAUGUUCAUCGCCUGCUUAUGGGUCGUCCUCGGCAGUUAUCUUUACGUCGGUGCCACUGCCGGAAAUCCCCAGCUUCUCUAUGCUGGCCGAUUCUUGACUGGUGUCGGCGUUGGUCUUUUCAGCGGUGUUGGACCUCUCUACAACGCUGAGCUUUCUUCGCCUGAGAUGCGAGGUCUUCUUGUGUCGUUCUAUCAACUUGCGACUAUUUUGGGCAUUAUGCUUUCGUUCUGGUGCGGUUAUGGAAGUAACUACAUCGGCGGAACAGGGGACUCUCAGUCCGACCUCGCCUGGCGUCUUCCCUCUAUCAUCCAGGGAAUCCCCGCUGCUAUGCUCGCUGUCGGUAUCUGGUUCAUGCCCUUCUCUCCCCGAUGGCUCGUCAAGGUUGGCCGCGACGAGGAAGCCAAGUCUAUUCUUGCCUGGAUGCGAAAGCUCCCCAUCGACGAUGACGCUGUUCAGGUUGAGUAUCUCGAGAUCAAGGCUGAGGCAGUCUUUGAGCAGAAGGUUUUCGCUAGAGACUUUCCUCACCUCGCUGAGAGGAACAAGAGCCGUUUCAUGCAGCAGAUUGCUCAAUAUGUGACCUGCUUCCGAUCAAUGGAUAACCUCAAGCGUGUCUGCACUGCUUGGCUUAUCAUGUUCUUCCAGCAGUGGUCUGGUAUUGAUGCUAUCAUCUACUACGCUUCCAACGUUUUCAUCAGCCUCGGUCUUACUGGAGGAACUAUUGCUCUUCUUGCUACUGGUGUUACUGGCGUUGUCUUCCUCAUCAGCACCAUUCCUUCUAUGUUGAUCAUUGAUCGCGUUGGUCGCAAGCCUCUUCUGUUGAUCGGCUCCGUUGUCAUGGGUGCCAGUAUGAUCACUGUCGGUAUCAUCGUCGCCAAGUUCCGCCACGACUGGCCCAACCACGUCGCUGCUGGCUGGACUGCAGUUGCUCUCAUCUGGGUCUAUAUCGCUGGCUUCGGUGCAACAUGGGGUCCCGUCUCCUGGACCCUCGUCUCCGAGAUCUUUCCCCUCUCCAUCCGCGCCAAGGGAGCUUCCAUUGGUGCCUCAAGCAACUGGGUCAACAACUUUGCCAUCGCCUUCUUUGUUCCUCCCAUGCUCGAGUCUUGGGAGUGGGGAACCUACAUCUUCUUCGCCGUCUUCCUCUUUGUCGGUAUUCUCUGGGUCUGGUUCUUUUUGCCUGAGACCAAGAACGCUUCUCUUGAGGAGAUGGACCGCGUCUUCAAGAGCCGUGCUGGUGAACAGGAUGCUGAGUUGCUUCGUGAGGCUCAGGCCGAAGUUGGACUUAUGGGUUCUGCAGCGGGCCGCAAGGCUUCUUUUGAGAAGGAGGGUGAGAAGCAUGUUGAGGCUCUGUGA